AGUUGCCGGAAGUGUGCCCACGUGGGUGCGUGUGGUGUGAGCGGGCAGAGGAACUUAUUUGAAUUAACGCACUUUUCAUGUCGCCAAACGUUGUUUAAAGUGUAGAUUUACUUCAAGUAAUAGUGCUUUAACGAUAAACUUCAGAUAUUAUUUGUACUUCGCUCAACAUGCGUAUUUAAACAACGAGGCGCCCUGCACUCGGCGAAAUUUUGAAGUAGGACAAGAUAGCAACGCACCAUGGAGACUGAGGUGCUGAUUCUGGCCGCGGUCUGCGCGACAGUAUGUCUCGGAUCACCCGUGUAUGACCUGGCGCCGCCGGAGGAGCCGUUUACAUAUGAAGAUCACCAUCACGAGAAGGCUCGCCCAUACGAGUUUGAGUACGCCGUGAAGGACGAGGACCAGGCUCUGGAGUUCUCCCGCUCCGAGGCUCAGGACGCCUCGGGUACCGUGACGGGCGAGUACCGCGUGCUGCUGCCCGACGGAAGGACCCAGAUCGUCACCUACACGGCCGACCACGUCUCCGGCUUCCAGGCCACCGUCACCUACGAGGGCGAGGCCCGCGUGGAGGCCGCUCACAGCAACUACGGGUACCACGCGGUGGAGGAAGACAUCUCGGCCUAUGAGGAAGAGGUGGCGACUGCGGCGCCGGCCACUGAGGCACCAACAGCGGCUCCGACUACUGAGGCACCAACUGCACCACCAACUACUGAGGCACCAACUACAGCAGCGCCUACAACUGCAGCACCAACCACUGCGGCUCCGACUACACCAGCACCAACUACUCCAGCGCCAACGACAGCAGCACCAACGACAGCCGCUCCUGAGCCAAGCACCCCCGCCCCGAAGCGGACCUACCCCGCUUCCAGGCCAUCGCGACCGGUCCACCGGCCUCUGUACCCAGCCCGGCGGCCGCAGUACCACGCCCGGCGACCUCACCGUCCUGCACCUCACUCACGCUACCUGCCUCCUCAGGCGGCCUACCAGCGCUCCCAGGCCCCUGCUCGUCGUCAUAGGGCACGGUACGGAUCGUCCGCCCCGCGUCCUGUCGAGGGCUACCUGCCUCCUGCUGCCCACCGGCCGGUGUACUUCAGCGACCGGCCGUCAGAGGCGCCACCGUCGGUGGCCGCGGUAGUGGCGGAGGAGCAGGAGGAUGACGGUGAGGGGGAGCUGAUUCUCCCCAGCAGCACCCCUGGGCCUGCAGCCGGUGCUCCACUGCCUCAGGUGGCUGUCGAUCCGGUCCCAGAUGUUGUGGAGGUAGAGGAAGCGCAGGGAGAGGAAUAAGUGUCGGAGGGUCAGACAGACUCGAAGGAUGUUUGAACUGGAAGAACGGACUACUUAUGUGUAUUGUGUACGAAUGGGACUAUACCUACGCGCCAGUGGAUAUGACGGCUCAUAAGCCCAGCUGCUAUCUUCCAUGUGUAAAAUGUGUUGUAAAUGAUGUAUUUGUAUCAAUAAUUUAUGUAAUGUUGUGGGAGAAUGCUGAUGAUUGACGACUGUUACUUAUUGACUGUAACUUAUUGUAUAACUUAUGAGCGGAACUUCGAUUUGUGUAUGAUUUGAAUCUUGUAGCAAGACCUCGGAGCUCCUUUUCAAGUGCCUUGAUAACUUUUUUCAUAAAACAAGGGGAGGGGGACACAUGAGAAAUACACUUCAAUUACGAAA